GUAUUUUUGGUGGCUUUUCUUCCAGUUGUUCUGAUGAGCGGGUGCAGCCACGAUGAAGAAAUGCCAGCCGACUGUUCUGACCUUUCUAAAGCAGGAGAAACACACAGUGGGAUCUACACCAUCUAUCCGGCGUGGGAUAUUCCUUUCUGGGUUUACUGUCACAUGAUCUCAGAUGGGAAAGAUGAAGACAAAGGAGGAUGGACGGUGAUUCAGAGGAGAAUGGACGGCAGUGUGAAUUUCUAUCGGCCGUGGAAUCAGUACAAGAGAGGAUUCGGGAAUGUGGAGGGCGAAUACUGGCUGGGGCUGGAGAACAUGUAUCAGCUGACACGUAAGAAGAAGUACAUGCUGAGAGUUGAUCUGGAGGACUUUGAAGGAAAUAAAGUGUUUGCUCUGUACUCGUCCUUCUCUGUGGAUUGUGAAAUGGACGGGUAUAAACUGCAUGUUUCAGGGUUCACUGAUGGAGGAGCAGGCGACUCUUUAUCUACCCAUAAUGAUCAGAAGUUCACCACCUUUGACAAGGACCAAGACGGCUAUGGAUAUAAUUGUGCCAAAUAUCAUCUCGGGGCAUUUUGGUACUCAGGCUGUCACCAUACAAACCCCAACGGUGUGUAUUUAUGGCAAGAAGAUUCCCCCCAUAACGCUAUUGGAGUUGUUUGGUAUACCUGGAAGAAUUACGGUGUCAGUAUGAAAUCCAUCAGAAUGAAGAUCAAACGUGUGUUUUAGACCUUUGAAGAAACA